UCCUCGAUCGAGACUUAGCUAAAAAAGCAUAUCAACAUCGUGAAGCGCAAGAAGAUACGCAGUGGGAUCACUAUUUAGCAGACACGGGCCACGCAACGCCGGAAAUCAUAGCGCCGGAGGAAAAUCAUGGCAGCCCCCGAGGAGCCCAGGGAGGUGAAGCUGUACGGCGCGUGGGGGAGCGCCCACGCCGCCAUGGCCCGGAACGCGCUGGAGCUCAAGGGCGUGCGCUACGAGUACGCGGAGGAGGACCUGGAGCGCAAGAGCGAGGCGCUGCUGCGCCUGAACCCCGUCCACGGCGGCAAGGUCCCCGUGCUCGUCGUCGACGGCCGCGCCCUCUCCGAGUCGCUCGUCAUCCUCGAGUACGUCGACGAGGCGUGGUCCGGUCGUGCGGGGCGGCUUCUCCCGCCGCGGGACCGGCCCCGCGAGCGUGCCGCGGCCAGGUUCUGGGCGAGGUUCUUCCACGACGAGGUGUCGCCGCUCUCGCACCUCGUCUUGUUCGCGGCGGGCGGGGAGGAGCGGGCGGGGUUGGUGAGGGAGAUGAAAGACCGGAUGGCGGUGAUGGAGGCGGGAAUCCAGAGGGACUUCCCGCUCGGCGGCGGCGGCGGGGGCGAGGGGCCGUUCUUGCACGGGCGGGAGCCCGGGCUGCUGGACGUCGUUCUGGGCUCGUGCGCCGCCGGGACCAGGGUGCUCUCCUCCGUGGCCGGGGAAGAGAUCGUCGAGGCGGGCGCGCUUCCGCGAGUGCACGCCAGCCUGGUCGCCUUCGACGAGCUCGCCGCCGCGUUCGGGACGAGCGUGCCGCACGAGAGCCUACUCGCGCGUCUUCUCGAGAGGAAGGAGAGAGCGCGCGGCGCGCCCGCGUGAGCUGUGUCUUCAUGCCGGCGUGGCAUCGACACGUACGCAUGCUACGUGAAAACCUGCUCUCGAAAAGAAAAAUGGAGCGAUGCUAUUCCUAGGUACUGCUUUUACAAAAAUUUGUGUACUACUAGUACUAGUGAUAUCCGGUGACAGAUCAGGAAAUAUGUUACUUGGGAGAAUAUGGGCGUUCUCAUAGCUUAGCGAUUACUGACCGUCGGAUCCGUUUUUUGAUGCGUCCUGGACUGUUUGCUCUCCCUCCUGAUCGAUAUCGGCCGUCGGAUCGACCCGGUGACACUGCUACAAUGGAAAUAUGUUACU